AUGAGUCCCCCUAAAACGGAUGCAUUUGCUGAUCUACUUUCGGGAAAACUAAGCCCUCGGAAUGAGGUUUCUUCAAAGCUCUCUAUGGGCCAAAGAUUGGGAUCCAACGUUAUAAAUGGCGGACAGCAAAGUAAGAAUGGGCCAGGUCAUUAUCAAGACUUAGAUCUACUUCUAGGAGGUACCUCGACAUCUUCUAUUGCAUCUCUGAAAACAACUUCGACCAAAACAGUUGAUGUUGACGAAUUACUAGGAGUACCUGCUCUUUCUUCCUCAAACUCUAAGCCAAGGUCUAGCAAUAGUGUUAAUAGUCAUACUUUUGAGGGUUCAUCAAGACUAGCCAGCUCUGCGUCCUUGUUAGACGAUGAAUUUACAGAUGCAUUUUCUCCCGCACCUUCAUCAAUUCCUACACCACAUCCAACUCCUAUACAAAUGCAACAAACACCACCUUCCAACCCUAGUGUGAAACAGGAAUCUCGAUCUCAAUGCUCUUCAACAGGCUCUAGAGUGGGAUCUCCGGCUUCAGCAAAGUCAUCUAUUUUGGCUCCAGGUCUAUCUACUGGCAGUACCACUACUGAUGAUAAAAGAGACGGUGUUCUUGCUGAGUUGGUGGAUAUAGGGUUUUCGAUUGAAGCUUCAAACGAGGCAAUUGAUAGGUGUGGCUAUAACCUACAAACCUGUGUCAACUAUAUAAUGAGUAAGGCCGCUGGUAAUGAUGAUGCCGCUAGUGGUAGAUCAAGUUCCUCAUCACGGAACUCGCAAGGUAGCAAUAAUAAUAAUAUCUUGACCAAAUCGUUAAAUGAUGUUUCGGUCGAUAUCUUUAACAAGGCUUCUAAUUUGUUGUAUAAAUCAAAGAAAACUGUGAUCAAGAAUUUGGCUGAGUUUCAAAGUGGAGUAAAACAACAAAAUAAUGACGUGCCUGCUUGGAUGAGAGACCAACACAGGCACAAGGCCAAUGCAAGUGAGAGUAAUAAUGGAGAACAAUCAGAAGAGUAUGGUACUGAUGAAGAGAACAUUAACCUAGCAGCAAUUGAAGAUUUUAUAAGAAAGCAAAAGCUAAAAGAUAAGGAAAGAGCAAAACACAGGUUUGAUAAUUUGAAGUCGUCAUCUCCUGAAGCUACCACAGUCUCAUCCAAAUCACCACCAAUUCAAGAAUCAUCAAAUAAUAAUAACAAUAAUAAUAUUGGAGGUCAUAAUAGAAGAACCGAUUCUGGUUCUUCGUUGUCGUCUAACGGAUCACGUCCAUCUUUAAGAUCUCAAGCAUCAUCGCCAGCUCCUCUCAGUCAACCUCAACCUCAAUCUUCACGCAUGGUUGAAUCAGAUCUUUUGGGUCUUGGUUCACCAUCAGAUCGUUUCAGAUCAAGCAAAGAAUUUCAGGAUGCAACUAUGUAUGUGUCUUCGUCUCGUAGACGACAAAAGCCUUCAACUCCACUGGCAAAGAGCAAUAGUGUUUCUCCUUCACGGGUUUUUUCAUCAGCACCCAGACUUACGGUUAAUACACCUUUGAAUCAAUUUUAUCAGAGUGAUUAUGAAGUUUCUAAAUUGAAGGCUACCGAAUUCUAUUCAAAGGGGGAUUAUCAAAGUUCUUUGGUUGAAUAUCAGAAGUGUUUGGGAGUGUUGCCUGAGAAACAUGAACUAAGAAUCAUUAUAUUGUCAAAUCUUCUGAUUAAUUUGAUCAAGUUGGGAGAUUACAAGCAAGCAUUAAAUGUAGGUGAGGAUGGAUUAGCUUUAAUCUCCAAAGAGAGCCUUAAUGAUGCCACUUAUGUUAUCAAUGACAAACCUAUCAAGGCCUGGUAUACAAGAUUGUUAUCGCGGAAAGCAGAAGCUUUAGAAAUGCUUGAACAGUUUGCAAAGGCACUAGAAGCGUAUACAGAAUUGAUAUCUCUUGGAAUGAACGACAAGAAAAUCAUGGAUGGUAGAAGAAGAGUCAACAAUAUUAUCAAUCCUCCUCCUAAGAAUCCUCCUGUUGCAGCAGCUACUCCAUCAAGGGUUUCAAAGACAUCACAGCAACCAAAGGAUGACUCUUCGCUGAAAAUGGUCAAAGCUUACAAUGAAAAUACUAAACGUGAAGCUGAAGAAAAGUUCGCAUUGUAUGAUGAUGUUCAAGGCCGUUUAUUUAAAUGGAGCAAUGGUAAGGAAGAUAAUAUCCGUACACUAUUGAUAUCAUUACCUUCAAUAUUACCAGAGAGAUUGGGGUUUCCAUUUUUAACCACAAAGAAGAUUACCCUUAAUGACUUGAUGCUUCCCAAAAAGGUCAAGAUCAAUUACAUGAAAGUCAUUGGGUGUUUGCAUCCCGAUAAAACUCAAAACUUGAACGUAGAAGAUAAGAUGAUAUGUCAAGGUGUAUUUGUUAUUUUGAAUAAGUCGUGGGAUAUCUUCAAAGAGCAAAAUGGUUUGACCUGA